GAUGGAUCAGUUGGCGCUUUAAGCAUUUCAAGGUUGCUGAUCAUGUGUAACUGAGAAUGAAUUUUGGCAAUCUACAAUGCUUUGUGGGCAAAGGUGGUAUGAAUUCAGCCAUCAGUGCGACUAUAAAAGACGAAGAGUGUAAAGUUGAACAGCAACUACGACAACAACAACAAUCAUAUCACCAACAACAACAGCAGCAACAGCAAGCUCAUCAGCAACAACAACAACAACAUCAACUGUUCAGACCAAAUCCUGCAUAUAAUUUUGGACCAUGGGAUUGGAAUGCUGCUAUGCAUAAUACUAAUAACAACAAUAGCAAUAAUAAUAAUACUAAUAACAAUAAUAGUACCAUGAAUAGUAUUAUUACUAAUGGAAGUCAACAACAAUUAUCUAGACCAUUUUUUCCUGAUAAUGAUGUUAUGAAAAUGAUUAAUUUUAUAAAACAAGAGAACUAUGGACCUGCAAUGAUUAAUCAUGCUAAUUUCAAUCAUGAAAAUAAUAAUAAUAGUAGUAACAGUAUUAAUAAUAAAAUGAAUUUAAUGCGUGAUGCUCCACCCCCAUUGGAUAAGCUAAUUGAAAUGGGUUAUCCAGGCCAGCAUUACCCUUAUACACUGGAUCAAUUACAUUCACAAUUUCAAUUUAAUCAAAAUAGAUGUCCACCUACGACAACAGCAUUAUAUAAAGAUCCCAGUAUACACAGUGAAGAGAAUCAUAUCUACUCUGAAGUUAAUAACACCGGCAGUAACAAUAGCAACAACAGCAAUAAUAAUGGCACUAAACCUGAAAUUCAAGAAGAUCAAUCACCGCUAGAUAAGAGCACAUGUAAAGGCGAAAAAUUCGCUUGCGAUCAUUGUGAAAAGAAAUUCAAGACAAAGUCAUAUUUAAGUGAACAUAUUAAAGUUAUUCAUGAAGGCAUUUUAAUCCAAUGUGAUGAAUGUGGUAGUGGUUUCAAGUCAACUAGUUCGCUUAAAAAUCAUAUUAAUCUAGUACAUAAAGGUCUUGGGUUUCAGUGUCAUUAUUGUAACAAGGUGUUUACGCAGAGGCAUACCUUGAUCAUACACGAAGAAUGCGUUCAUAAAGGCAUAAAAAUAUCUUGUGAUCAUUGUAAUAAGAAAUUUGCAUCAAGAUGGUAUUUAAAAGAACAUAUUACAAUUGUUCAUGAAGGUAAUUUAUUAAAAUGUGAAUUAUGCGGCCGAUCAUUCAAUUCGCAUUGUGCACUACGUUAUCAUUCAAAUAUUGUUCAUAAAGAUCAUAAAUUCCAAUGUCCACAUUGUCCUAAAACAUUUCGAUUGAAAAGAUACUUGGAAGGUCAUGUGAAACGAGUACAUGCAAGCUUAGGGAAAGGUGGUAAUCCUCAACCACCACCUGGUUGACCGACGUAUUGUGUUCCUCUUUAAAUGGCGCUUACAACAUACACACUAACAAACACACACUCACAUGUAGACAAUCUCAGAUUGAUUGGUUACCAUUGGUUGCACACUCACUCACAAACACAUAGGCACACACACACACAAAGAAAACACAUUAAAUCUUUUAUAGUUCUGUUAAAUUUAUCAUUAUGAAUGUUACUGAUGAAACGUAUAAUAUUUGGGGUCGAAAGCAAUAGAAGAAGAACAAGAAUCAUUUGUUUACUCCUUCCUUCCUGUCCUGCCCUGCUCUAAACAAAGUCUUUUAAUCAUUGUGUAUCAAUUCUAUCAUUGCCAUUACUACUACUAAUAUCACUAUUACUAUUACCUUUUUGUAUGUAUGUAUGUAUGUAUGUAUCUGUGUGCGUGGGCGAUCUGCCUGACUGAUUGACUCAUCGAGUCUUGAAUCAUGUUUUAUAUGCAUACAGUUACUGACCUUGAAAUUCUUCUCAAUUUAAACAAAUAAAUGGCGCUCGCACACACGCACGUAAUUAAUCAAUAAAGAAAGGUCUUCAAUGUAAAUAGAAGCAAAAAAACCCAUAUAUGUGUGCGUGUGUGUAUGUUAUGCUUCAAAACUCUUUCCUCUCUUUUUUGUACUCUAUUAAACUUAAUUUAUAUUAAACUAAUCAAUUAUUUAUUUCACAAUGAA